AUGGCAGCUGGGGAGGGCAAUACAAUGCAAGACCUACUCCUAGAAUUCCACCUCGACACACGAACUCUACAACUCACACAUAUACCAGAUGCAUUACGCGGCGACCACUUUGUUCUCGCGCCGCCGACCAUGGAGGACACGAGGGUCGGCAUCGCCGGCGUGAUUGAGAACUCUAGACUAGACAAUUUCCUGUCCGCUGGUCCUGCUGAGAAUGGUGGCAUUGGGCUUCUGCCUUUUGAGAUGGGGUACGGUGAUGAGGAGGAAGAUGAACUGGCAGAUGACUGGACUGAGCCACGGGUGAUCGGGGUCUCGGAGGAAGGGGGCACCAUUUUCUUGCAGACGGAGAUGGGUAUUUUCGUGAUAAACUCAGAGUCUGGGCAGCAUAAGCGAGUUCUUCAAGCGGAUCAGUCUUUCUGGGGUGUUUAUCCCUACUCCACCUUCUAUACUGCAGCUGGAAAAGCAGUUUUUCAUGAUGUACAACAGGACCAACAGAACAACAAUAUAAAAUCAGAUGGAGAAAUCAGUGCUCUAGGUGAAAGUAGCGGUGGCGGUGCUGACUAG